UAUCUCUCAUUCUCCGCGACCAUGGCAUAUACCGAGGAGUCAACCCACGAAAACCAUCAAGAUAUGACGCAAAAUGAAAUCGGGGGCAAUGCAACCUCAGAAAAGGAGAUGGCACCUACCAAGGGGCGUCUACCAGAGCCUGAAUACGUCACGGGCUUUCGCCUUGCUGUGAUCAUAUUCACUCUUAACCUGACGACCCUCAUUGCUGCUUUGGAUCUGGGUAUCGUGGCCACGGCGAUCCCAGCCAUCACGGACGACUUCCACAAAUUGGACGAUAUUGGAUGGUACACCAGCAUCUGCUUUACCCUCGUGGGUGCUACUUCUGCAAUGUGGGGCAAGUUGUUCACAUAUUUGCCGACUCCUAUCGUUUACAUGUCCUCGCUCCUGGUAUACAUCAUUGGCAGCAUCGUAGCCGCAGCCAGCCCAAACAGCAUCGCCUUCAUCUGGGGACGAGCCAUCCAAGGAGCAGGUUGUUCAGGGACGCUCUCCGGUUCGGUGAUCAUCAUCAACUUUAUUUCUCACCCUAGGCGUCGUCCGACAUUAAUCGGAGUGUGGAUGGGCUGCUUGAUGAUGGCCACAGUCCUAGGCCCUCUUCUCGGCGGUGUCUUCACCACGGAGGUGAACUGGAGGUGGUGUUUCUGGAUCAAUCUUCCAAUUGGUGGCCUGGCUCUCGUGAUGCAGGUCUUGUUCCUGCGCAUGCCCAAAACAGUGAAACCCGUUCCGGCCACAUGGCGGCAGAUACUUCGCCAUCUCGAUUUCCCGGGUUUUGUUUUGUUACUGUCGUCCCUCAUCUGUUACUGUUUGGCAUCACAAUGGGGUGGGAUAUCCAAACCAUGGAGUUUAUGCAUUCUCGAAUACGGGAGCGAUAGUGACGGUUCUGUCGUAGCGCUAAUGGUCACAUUCGGUGUUUUGACCAUAGUGUUCUUCGCAUGUCAAUACUUCCAGGGUCACUAUGCCAUGAUACCCUUGGAGUUUUUCAAGCCACGUACAAUCUGGAGCCAGACGGUGUUCAUCUUCGUCUUCAACAGCGCUAGUUUCAUUGCCCUCACUUUUAUUCCCAUCUACUUCCAGUCUAUCAAAGGUACUACGGCAAUUAUGAGCGGCGUCUACCAACUUCCAUACGUCGUCUUCUACGCUGUGGGGGCUAUGUUGACCGGCGUUACAAUUGGUGCCACAGGUCAUGUCGCUCCCGUAGAGUUAGCAGGGUCCCUAUUGUUGGUCCUCGGUACGGCACUGAUCUACGUCAUGGAUGUCGAUACCUCAAAGGCUUGGUUCUUGGGUGCCCAAAUUCCUCUCGGUCUUGGCCUCGGACUGGGGAAUCAGGUACCUAUCACCGCUCUUCAAGGUUUUGCCAAACCUGAACACGUCGGGGUCAUGACCGGGGGUGCAUUUGUCUGCCAAACCAUCAGCGGCGGCUAUUUCACGACAGCAGCGAACUCAAUCCUCCAAAAUUUGCUACUCAAGCGCCUCGCUAUCAUCGCUCCUAAUAUGAACCCCGGGAUAGUUCUUGCCGCCGGAGCUACCGAGAUACGGCGAGUAGUGAGUGCUGAAGAGCUGCCAUUCGUGAUUGAGUCAUAUAUGACGGGCAUAAGAGGCGUUUUCGCUCUACUUCUGGCUGCUUCUGUCCUAUCCGUCGCCAUCGCAGCCUUUAUACCCUUCAAGAAGCUUCCGAGUCAUGAAAUCCAGAAGAAAGACGAUGGCGCAGUCAUUGAGGGGGCUGCUAGCUGA